AACAGACCAAACCAUUUCCCCUCCUCUUCACUCGCCCCCAGCUCGCAUCCGUGUCCCACCUCCAAGUCAGAUCUCGCCGCUCACGGCCACCGCGGCCGCCAUGGGCUCCGCGCAUUCCUCCCACUCCUCCGUCUCCACCGCCGCCGACGAAUACGACAACGAUCCGUCCGCCGCGUCGUCCUCGGAGCCCUCGGCCCCGCCCCCUCCGACACAGGCACCGGUCCCACCGGCGUCCGCGUCCAAGGUGCUCGAGCAGGAGCCCGAGGUGCUCCCGUGCCGCGCCGCCGACUCGCCGCUCUCGCCGCAGCCCUCCGCCGCGGGCACGCCGCGCCUCCUCGGCCCAAACAUUAAGGUCUGGGACCCCUGCCACGUGCUCCUCCCCCCUCCGUCGCCGCACCAGCAGCAGCACCACCACCCGCAGCAAGGGAGGGCGGAGACGCCGCUGGAGGUGGUCAUAGUUAGCCACGGUGAGUGCGCGUCCGCGAUGCGGCCCGACCUGGUCGGCGGGCGGUGGCCUGCGGCCGCCCUCACGGCGCGCGGGGAGCGGCAGGCGCGCGCGCUGGCUGUGUUCCUGCUCUCCCGAGGCUCGCGGCUGGACGCCGCGUGGACGUCCCCGCUCGACCGUGCCCGCGCAACUGCAACCCUCGUCUGCCGGGAGCUUGAUUUCCCAGAGGACCAGAUCCAAAUAUCAGAUGCUUUGACUGAGAUGAGUCAUGGUCAGUGGGAGGGGUGUCCAAAAUCAGAAAUCUAUACUCCAGAAAUGAUUAACCUGAUGGACAGUACCCAGCCUGAUUUCUCAGCGCCCUCAGGAGAGUCACUCAGGCAGGUACAGUUUAGGAUGAUGGAAUUCCUGAACCGAACAGUCAUAAGGUUACCAGAAAAGGUGGCAAUGGGGGAUACACUAUCACAACAAAAUGACCUAAAGGGGUUAUCUCGGCAGAGCUCCACCAAUUCAGUCCAAGAUGGCCCAUCUUGGGAUUUGCUUUACAGGCUCAAUCGACAUAGCCUUCAAAGGAAGAAAUCUGGUAAAAGCAGGCUCCAGUUUGUCACUUCUGGGGACAAUGAGACUGAGGAUGACUUCUCACCUAAAGAAAUAAACCAUAGGCAUCACCUUCACGAAGCAAAUCUGGGGAGCUCGACAACCUCAAUUGCGAUUUUCUGCCAUGCCAUCCCCAUUCGAUGCCUCCUUGCAGGCUUGCUGGACUGCAAUCCUACGAUGUCCCAAAGAAUAUGUAUAGAUGAUUCCUCAGUCACAGUUCUUGAACAUUCGCUAAGAACUGGGUGGCAAAUAAAGAGGCUGAAUGAUACUGCACACCUCAGGCUUCUGUAGCUGCAAGCUGUUACGCUGUUCAGCAGGAAUGCUGCUGAUGUUAUUAUAUGUGGUGCAAAGAAACUAUCUGAUCAUAUUUCGGAAAUCUGAUAUGAGGUUAUCUGCUGACAUUCACCUACCCUACGUUGCCAUGGGAAACGGAGUCUUCCUAUUGUAUUUCAGUUGUAUUUACUGCCAUAUUGCACUGCCAGGAAGAUCUGGCCUGUAAUAGUGUUGUGCUGUAAUUUUUGCUUCCUUUGUUUUUUCUAAAUUAUUUGGUCAAGUGUAAUUUCCAACUCAUCUUUUUUGGUGCCACAUCCUAGUGUAUCAUUCUUUUGACGGGUCAUUUUGUAUGUACUGAGAUAUCUGUAAAUACUUUGUAAUUGGUGCUAUGAGAAAUGCUUAGGGGCUUGUUAACUUCUUUAUCA